UGCCUUGAUGCCUUAAUGCCCCGUGCCUCCGUGAGCGCGGAACUGGGAGUGUGUGAGAUGAAACUAGCGUGGAAGAAGAACAAGAAGCGGCCUUUGGCCACCGUAUCCAAGUACCCAAACCUCCCUUUUGAUCACAAAAACGACAACCCGAGUAAUCAAAACGACACAGCAGACGGUGAGCUAAACAAGGAACAACACCAUGAACCGCUCAGCGCUCAGAACGAGUCCUCAGUCUCUGAAGAAGAAGAAGAAGACGACGUUGCCAAGCUCUUCAACUCCUUUCAAUCCCGGGGGACUAAGCUCGCUGAGGAUGGGAAGUACAGCGAAGCAUUGGGCAAACGGGAGUCUGCUCUUAUGUUGAUGCCCAAAAGUGCAGUUUUACACGAGCAGAAGGCACAAGUUUUGAUAGAAAUUGGGGAUGCGUGGAAUGCGAAAAAGGCAGCAACUCGAGCUACAGAGUUGGAGCCUUCAUGGGCUGAGGCAUGGGUUACCCUUGGCAGAGCUCAGUUAAACUUUGGGGAACCUGAUAGUGCCGUUCAAAGCUUUGACAAAGCAUUAGCCAUCAAGCCUGAUUCAGAGGAGGCUCGAGAUGACAGACAUACUGCAAUGAAUCUCAUGAAAAGACGAAAGCAGCUCCAUUCAUCAGGCUUAAGUCCUAAAAGAAACCGUUAUGCAGUUGGUGAUCGCACUGAUAGGACAUGAAAACUCUUGUAUGUGUACAUAAGACUCGAAGGGUUAAACUUUAGCGUAGUGCUGGUUCAUGUAUGGGAGAAAACGAUUAGGGUCAGAUUGUCUUCUCAACAUUUCUGUAAGUUGUAUCUGAUGAAGUUAAAUAUAAUAAUACCUAUACAUGAAGCGAUUACAAAAGAUUAAAA